AUGGAACGCUUUGUCCGCGUUCCCUGUGGCUUAUACCAGGGCUAUGGGAAUACGAUGCCUUUGGGCCAGCCAGGACUCUAUGAACACAAACAGCCUGACUGGAGGCGAAACACUGGUCCCCCCACUUUCCUGGCCAGGCCUGGGUUGCUGGUGCCCGCAAAUGCCUCUGACUACUAUAUGGACCCUUACAAGAGGGCGCAGCUUAAGGCCAUUCUCUCCCAGAUGAACCCCAGCCUGAGCCUGCGGCUUUGCAAGGCCAACACCAAGGAGGUGGGGGUGCAGGUGAGUCCGCGGGUGGACAAGUCCGUGCAGUGCUCGCUGGGUUCUCGCACCUUGCGCAGCCGCUCCCCUUGGAGCAGCUCAGGUCACAAGGUACCCCUGCCGGCAUGGGGAGUCUAUUCACCAGUGAUAGGUCGCAGGGGCUUGAUCCAGCCGCGAAAGGAGGGGGAAGACCAGGAGAGGAAGGCACUUUUGGGUCCUGCGGAGGCCAGCCAGCAGCAGCAGCAGUCACCACCAAUGCCAAGGUCUGAAGAGGACAAACAGGAGGAGCUUUGCCAGCAUGGGUUGGGGGAGGAAGGUACCCCAAACCCUCAGGAAGGGAAGAGCAAGCAGACACAGGGAGUCGGUGGAGCAGAUCUGCUCCGGAAACCCAACUUCCAGUUUUUGGAACCAAAAUAUGGCUAUUUUCACUGUAAAGAUUGUAAGACCAGAUGGGAGAGUGCUUAUGUGUGGUGCAUUUCUGGAACUAAUAAGGUUUAUUUCAAACAACUGUGUUGCAAAUGCCAAAAGAGUUUUAACCCUUACCGAGUAGAAGCAAUCCAAUGUCAGACCUGUUCAAAGUCUCGUUGUUCCUGUCCUCAAAAGAAAAGACACAUUGAUCUAAGGAGGCCGCAUCGACAGGAACUGUGUGGUCGCUGCAAAGACAAGAGAUUCUCCUGUGGCAAUACUUACAGCUUUAAAUACAUCAUGUGACAGGCAGUAUGACUUGUACAGGACACCCAAACUUUCCUUGUAACUUACGGUACUGUUCCUUUUUUGCAACUUAGCUCUGACCUGGUAUUGGAAA